AUGUAUACUUCGUCCGCUCCUGGACCUGCUCGUGGACGUGGUGGGAAUCCAAAUGCAGUACCACCCCAGCAGUCACAGACACAGCAACUUCGUGGUCCAUCAUCGGGAAAUCCUGGUGCCCCACCUCAAUUGGCUACAACGGCUACUAGUCGUGUGGGUGAGAUGUUAGACCAGGUGAAGGCCGAGUACGAAGCUGCGAUUCAGCAGCUUAAUAUGGCCAAGAUGGAACAAUUGGAGGUUGAGCGCAAGAUCCAGUCGCAGGUUGUCGAGAUGGAUCAGAUUCAGCAGUCACUUAAGGCACUUGAGGCUAAUCAUCGUCGUAUUCGUCAGCAGUAUGAGGAGGAUAUGCUACGUAUGCGUCGGCAGCUCGAGACGGGUCAAGUAUCUCAGCAGCAGGUGGCACCGCAACAGCAAGUGACCGCCAAGCUGCCAGCCAAGCGUUCACGUGCCCCACCAACUAGUAGUAGCACGCAAGACGACUCGUCUUCUCUCAUGUCGAAUCUUGUGGCGGCUGCAACGUCUUCAGGCCGUGUCGGAGCUGCAACCAAUCAACAGCAGCGUGGAAGUGGCAGUUCACCCGUGCGCGUAGUGCCGGUCCAGCCUGCCUCACGCAGUCUGCAGCAGCUUGGUCAGCAGCCUCCUCAGCUUCCACCUGCCUCGCAACAGGGAGGCAACAACAACCCACCCCCCACAACUCACAUUAACAGCGAAGUAAACGGCAAAGAUCGCUCAGUUAGCUCACCCCCGGUUCUCAAGAAAUCCAAACUUAAUGGGUCAGAGUCCGGCAUUUCGAAUCUUAACGCCAAUGGCAAGGGCGCAAUGGCGACCGUCAGCUCCGCUGGUAGCAGUACUUCUACCUCUAGUGGAAUGCUGCCCCAUGUCUCUAAGAUGAAGCGGGAGCAGGGAUCCACUAGCACGAAUUCUAGUCCCAGUGCCGCUAGCGGCAGCCAAUCUCAAGGCCUGGGCUCCAACACUACGAAGAUCGAAGGUGAGCCUGGUGAAAGCCGUAGCAGUUCGAGUUCAGCGAUACCAUUGUCCACGGCUUCAGGUAAUAACACUACGCAGAAGAGCUCGAAUACGAAAGCUAGUCGUCUCAAUUGGAGCUGCGUAUACUCGUCCAAGACGAGCAUGUCAUAUCAGGAGUCGGAGCGCCCGGCUGCCGAGAUGCACCAGUCCAUGGAUCACCAGAGUGUUGUAUGCUGCGUACGUUUCUCGUCUGACGGGACUAUGAUGGCUUCGGGCUGCCACAAGACGGCGCAGGUUUUUGAUGUGAAGACUGGCGACCGCAAAUUUCUCGUGUCUCGUCCAGCUGGUUCCAACGGACAGACGCCUACAUCUCAGUCCAAUGCUCCAGCUAACGAAGCCGACGAUGCAUACGUUCGUGCUGUUUGCUUCUCGCCAGAUUGCACGAAGUUGGUUGCAGGUAUGCCGCAAAAUACGAUCCGCGUUUGGGAUAUUGCUUCGAAUGAAGAAGGCCCGGCCAUGACUGGUCAUGAGUCUGAAAUUUAUUCUUUGGACUAUGUCAACGACCUGAUUGUGUCUGGAUCAGGCGACCGUAAGGUGCGUCUUUGGGAUGCUCGCAAUGGCCAAUGCAAGAAAAUAUUUGGCAACGAAAGCGGUGGCCCGUCAGAUGGCGUGACGUCGGUUGCUCUAUCGCCGGAUGGACGCCUUUUGGCUGCUGCAUCGCUAGAUAAGGUUGUACGAAUUUGGGAGACGGAGACGGCUCAACUGCUAGACCGGUUGGAGGGCCAUAGUGACUCGGUGUACUCGAUUGCUUUUUCACCCGACGGCAAGAACGUAAUUUCUGGAUCACUUGAUCGCAACAUUAUGCUGUGGGAUGUGUGUGCGCAGGGCCGCACGACUACACGGCCGCGCAUGCUUUUCCAGGGUCACAAGGACUUUGUGUUAUCGGUGGCUUACACGCCUGAUGGAAGAUGGUUGAUGUCUGGCUCAAAGGACCGAUCUGUUGUGUUUUGGGAUCCGCGUUCGUCACGCUCCGUGCUGACGUUAACAGGCUAUCGGAAUUCGGGACGAUGGUUGAGUCGCCGCGAUGGAAUGAACCACUUUCUACAGCAAACAACUCAGUACGGUCAAGCGAGGCGCAGUGAGAAGCAGCAAUCUGACGCUUGCGUCAAGCGCGCGGAAGUGCCGAGCUGUUUGUUCGUGAGAUGGGGUUACGAGCAAGCGCGAGACUUGAAAGAAUCGGCAAUAUUAGCAGAGGAGGUAUCGGAAUGA